AUGUUACAGUUAUUGUUUGUCAGUGCCUUGGUGGCAGUUGCCUCAGCAGUAGCCCUGCCAGCACCCAUAUAUCCUGCCUAUGCCGGAGUAUUACCAGCCAUCGGAAAAAUUGGCAAAAUAGUUGGUCCCGAACCAUAUGAUACAAAUCCUCAAUACAGUUAUAGCUAUGCGGUGAAUGAUCCCACUACCGGCGAUGUUAAAAGUCAAGAAGAAACGCGUGAUGGUGACAACACCAAAGGAGCCUAUUCCUUGAUUGAACCUGAUGGCACACGCCUUUUAGUUCAAUAUACUGCUGAUUCCAUUAAUGGUUUUAAUGCGAUCGUUCAACGUGGAGGUGUCGCCAAAGUGGCUAAAGUUUUAACACCGGUGCAAAAGAUUUUGACACCUGCUCCACUAUAUCAAUCACAGAUUUUGUCUAAACCUCUUCUAUCAGGUUUGCCAGCCUAUCCAGCUUUAGGAUCUUACCGAAUCUAA